UUUCGUCAAACGGCCCCGAAAUGGGUCUACCAAUUGGACAUUUGACAGGUGGGGUUCGCUAAAGAAGCCGGUUUAACUGCUUGACGUGUUCAGUUGUCGGCCAGUCCUGGGGACGCUACGGAUGUACUCUAAGGUUUGGCUCCCGGGGGUUCUCCGUCAUGUCGGGUCGUGGUUUAUAUCAGGUGUGGUGCAGGAUUACCUGAUUGAUUGCAUCCUAACAAAUGUUCUGAAUAUCAAAAUGACUACCACUACUACCCAGUGCCUGGCACUCUCCAGAUCGACCAUCCAACCCCUUAAAAGUGACCAUGUAAUCCCAAAGGGUGUCCAUGAGCCCAUACGCCAAAUUCUGCAUCAUGAAUUUCUCAUCACAGAAAGAUUACUUCGUGCCAACAUCCGUGAAGGCCUAGUCCUCCCCAUCAUCGGUCUCAUCGCUCGUUUCCUGCCUGCGCCGGCCCUCCUCCUCACGACUCCCUGGACCCAUCUUGCCCUAGUGCUCAUCAAGACCUUCAUCUGCUUCAUCUGCCACCUGUACGUGUUCGAGAUCGUGAACCAAGUCCUCUCCGUCGACGAAGACAUCGCCAACAAGCCGCACCGACCGAUCCCGGCAGGCUUGCUCUGCAUCCCUGAUGCCUAUAGACGUUGGCUCCUAAGUUGGGCCAUUUGUCCCUUCAUUGCCAGCCACCUCGCGGGUCCGGAAGCCGCCGGCCUCUUCGGAGCAUACCAAGCUUGGGUAUAUUUCUGCUAUGUCUGGCCGAAGAUCAACCACUGGAUCUUCCGGAACGCGUUUGCAUCCAUUGGUGCAUACAACAUGUUCCGACUUGUGGACACCAUCAUUCACAGCGAGAUCCCGUCGUUCCCGGUCAUGCCGAAGCAUAUCCUCCUACUCUUCUCUACGUGGGUAAUGGCCACAGUACACAUGCAGGAGUUCCAUGAUGCCGAGGGGGACAGACAGAUGAAGAGACAGACGCUUCCGGUGGUGGUUGGACCCAAGGGAGAACGGCUCCUCCGAGCAAGCACCGCAAUGCUGGUCAUCGGGUCGGGUGUCGUGCUCCUCGUUGCCACGUCUUCUUGUAUCCAGGGCUCUUCCUUCCCGAAUCAACAUUGGACGGUAGCGGGACUCGUCAUCACAGGCAUCCUGCACAAUAUUUUCGCAUGCAUCGUUGGGUUCCGAUGCGUCUGGCACGGUGGCGUUGCCUUCGAUCGCAAAACCUAUAAACGGUUUUACAUGUUGGCGGCGUAUACCAUGAUCUGCUACUUGUCGUUCUGGCAAAUGACGGAGAAGGAGAUCUCGAUCCCAGCCUAGGUAGGGAGUAAUUUUUGGUUGAACAUGCCGACUGCGGUAGUUUCACGAAAGCUCCCUCCACGUAAAGGUGAAAAACUUCACACUCGAUCAGUUCCGGCAACAUGAGCCGAAACAAAGAUCGGCCGCUACAGCGAUAUUCGUUAGCCAGAGCUAGCAAUCUAUAUAUGUAGACAUGACUUACGAUUGAAAUGCGUGUUUGUUUGUCUGUUUUUGUUCUUUUGUAUGUGAUACGGUCUUGCUUUUGCUUUCCUGGCAUCUGUCAGCUUUGUAUUUCAAGAUAGACAAGAACCAGUAUGGUUAACUUACUCGAUCAAUGUCAUUUCUGAAGCCGAGUCUUGCAGAGCGUCCAGUGAAUGCUUGGUUUCUGCAGACUUGUUUCGCUUGAGAAGGUCGAUUAGGAAGUCAGGCAUCUUGAUCAAGAUUCUUUUCAAUUCGAUUGUAUAUAUGUA